CCCGACCAGUAAUGAAUGUUAUAACUAUUGAAGAUUAUAAGAGCACAUACUGGCCAAAAUUGGAUGGUGCCAUAGAUCAGCUUUUAACACAGAGUCCUGGUGACUAUAUCCCCAUAUCCUAUGAACAGAUAUACAGUUGUGUGUAUAAAUGUGUAUGCCAGCAGCACUCAGAACAGAUGUAUAGUGAUCUGAUUAAGAAGAUAACUAAUCACUUAGAGAGAGUCUCAAAGGAGCUGCAGGCCAGCCCUCCAGAUGUCUAUAUUGAAAGAUUUAACAUAGCUCUUGGACAGUAUAUGGGAGCACUGCAGAGCAUUGUGCCUCUUUUCAUAUACAUGAAUAAGUUUUACAUCGAAACAAAACUUAACAGAGACUUAAAAGAUGACCUUAUAAAGCUGUUUACGGAACAUGUUGCAGAAAAGCACAUUUACAGCCUAAUGCCUUUACUUUUAGAAGCCCAGUCAACACCAUUUCAGGUCACACCUUCAACUAUGGCAAAUAUUGUGAAAGGCCUGUACACUCUCCGACCAGAGUGGGUUCAGAUGGCUCCAACUCUAUUUUCUAAAUUUAUUCCAAAUAUUCUCCCUCCGGCGGUGGAAUCUGAACUUUCUGAAUAUGCUGCUCAAGAUCAGAAACUUCAAAGAGAACUUAUGCAGAAUGGUUUUAUGAGAUUAUGUUCCACUUACAUGAUGUACGGAGUCCUGAAUAGGCAGUACACAGCUUUAAUGUGGAUGGCACAGAAGGUGACCAGUCCCGGAAGAGAGCUGGGGAUGAGCUGGCUUAUAACAGCUCCUCAGCAUGUGCGAGUUCCAGAGGGGCGACUCCUCCCAGUGGUGUCGGAUGCAGUUUAUAAGGCAGACACGAUGCGGCCUCGCUCUGUCUCCAGGGAGCGCUUGUUUCUUGCCGCGUCCCUGCGGGCUGGAACCGACAUCGCGCCUUUCCGCCUUUCCGGUGUCACCAGAGAAGGUGACCUGCUGCUGGGUCCUGGGUCUUCAGGAAUGCGAGACAUCCGCAUCCAGAAGACAAAGUACAAGGGCUUAGAAGCUCCACCCUCUGGAAAAAGGACGUAA